AUGGAGAAGAAGUGUAUGUUGGUGAUGAUAAUGAUGAUGAUGAUGGCAUUGACGACGAUGCCAUUAUCGGCAAAGGGUGAAUCAUAUGAAGAUUGUUAUAGGAGGUGCAUUUCCAAGUGUGAAAUCUUUUACGUCGGAGUAGACAAGUGCAUUCACGAUUGCGUUGGUACCAAAUGCCACAAGGCACCUGUGCUCCCUCGAAGGACGGCUAAAGGGAUGUUUCAAGAAGUCAAUGCAUAG